AAGGGCCUAUUAUGGAUCACAACUCAACUUAGUUGAGUUGUAAUCAAGACAACUCAAUUUGAAGACAACUGCAAAAAAAAAUGGUAUUAUGGGAGACAACUUUUUUCAGUUGAGUUGACCAAAUACGUUGCCUACUUUUAUGUGCUUGUUUCGUGUCAAAAUCAGCUGUGUAAAGUAAAAUACGUAGAAAUUUCAAAAUUUUGAAUUCAGUGCAAAAUUUUAUAAAAAAGACAAAAUAAUAGGAAAUGGAGAGUUCUAUUGAUUUGUUUCUUGGAAAUUCGGAAGAAGAAAAUCCCCGGAAUGUUGCGCUGAUGAGAAAAAAUAUUCGAGAUCACUCCAAUCCAUUGGAACUUCCAAACAAAAAAUUUAUAAGUUAUUUUAGACUCAACAAAGACGCAUUUGUUUAUGUGCUAAAUGAAAUCAAAGAUCAUUUGAAACAACCACAGCGUUCCUCCGCAAUCCCACCAAUUUUCAAACUCUGCACUGCCCUACGUUUCAUGGCAGAAGGAAGUUACCAAAAGUGCAGUGGUAAUGAUUUUAAUUUAGGCCUUGCUCAGCCAACAGUUUCGGUAGUGUUAAAAGAAGUGCUAGAAGUAGUAGAAGAACUUAUCUGUCCACAAUGGCUUAAGGCUCGUAUGACAAAUGAUGAGAUGAAUUUAUUAAAAAUUCAUUUUUUACCAGAAAACCAGAUUUCCUGGAGUAAUAGGAUGCAUCGAUGGAACUCAUGUUCGAAUCAUAGCACCAAAAAAAAUCUUCAACAUCUCUAUUUAAAUAGAAAAGGUUACUACAGUCUGAAUGUCAUGAUUGUAAGUGUAUAUGCCAUCUUUAGCAUUUUGAAUUGGGCAGGUUUAGCUAUUUUUAAUCAAAAAAAUUAUUUUCUUUCAGAUGUUUAUAUUAUUAUUUGUAAAACUUACAUUUUUUUCUCCAUUUUCUUAAAAAAAUUGGUUUUCAAUGAACUGUUGAUGCCUACCGUUAUUUUUUUGUACACACAAAUGCACUACACAACUAGUAAAUAUCAGUUGCUCAAUUUUGACAACAAUCACAACUGAGAGACAACUCAACUGGCUUACAUAAUACCCCGAACACAUUUAAAAAGUCAACCAUUUUUUAGUUGACUACUGGUUGACUUGUGACAGUCAACUAGUUGUGAUCGGUAAUACCGAUUGCCGGAUUACAACUCAACUUUGUUCUUAGUUGUCUUACAUAAUAGGCCCU